AUGCUUUUGGUUGAAUUGCUUGCCUUAUCAACAAUUACCUUUUUAAGGGUGAUGAAGCAAAUUGAAUCUUUAAUAACAUUAACAAAGGUCGUGUCGAGUCUUUUCCUAAAAGCAUCUUGGGCUCGAGUUUAUGUCAGGCGUCGCAUUCAACACUUCGAGAAAUUUGAUGUUAAGCUUCGACCGCAACACUUCGAGGCGUUCUUUCACACAAAGGGUCAAUCCAGAGGACUUUGUAACAAUUUAACAAAUAUCGUGCUAGGUCGUUUCGUAAAGUGCCCUGGACUUCAUGUUCACCCAAAGGGCAAAUCCAUGGGAUUUCUAACAGUAUAUACCUUUUCACCGAGGGACUUUGAGCGUAGGUAA